UUCAACAUGGCGGCAAAUAACUAAGUUGUUUUUGUUUUGUUUUAUUUUUUGCAAUUGACAAUGACAUGGAUUUUUCCAAGUUUUCCGACGAUAAUUUUGAUGUUAAAGAAUGGGUUAAUUCGGCGCUGAGAAUCCGUGAUGAUCGAACCCCAGUUGAUGUAAGUUUUAUUUACUGUAAAUUAAUUUAACAGGACAAGGUGCAACGUGUCAGUACACAGUAGCUGUCGCCAUUAAUGACCAUUAAUAGAUCUGCAAUCUCCCGCAAUUUACAGCUUUAGACUUCUAAAUAUAUAAAACAUAAAUAACGCGAAUAGGCUUUCUAAAAAACUCAUACUCCCCUUAUUAUUAGGUAAUAAUUUAUACUUCGAAAGCUUAAUAGCUACCCUACUGUUUAAAAAUGCAGUGCAUCUGAAUGACAUAUGUAUCAAAAACUGAAUUAAUGUAUGAUUAAAUGUCAGAGUUUUGGUUGGCUUAGCAGCCAGAGCAUAUGAGCUAUUGCACAAUACCCAAGAGGAAGUGGUUAUUUAGUCGUUGUCUGAGAGUUCCUAAAUAAUAUUUAAAGACCAGGAAAGACUAUCAUCAAUCUUGCUUUUUUAAUGCUUGUUGGAAAUUAGUGGAUUAUUGCAUCUCCGUGAAGAGAAAGCCUUCCCUCCCCCCAAAAGACAAACAAGCCAACUUUGUUGAGUGAGGAGGGAAGAGGGGUCUUGUUUGUUUUGUUUUUUAACCACAGCAAGAUUAGCUCAUUUGGUUGAGCUAAUUUUGGGUUCGUUUCCCGGGGCCAGAACAAUAUUCAGGGUCUUAAAAUAACUGAGAAAUGGAGGCACUGCCUUUUCUCCGCAGUGACUUUUUUAAAUGGUGGUCCCAUCUCCAGUAGGAGAUGUAAAAGUAGUGUCCCCAAAAGUACUUUUCUGCUAAAUACAUUGAUACUCAAAGUGCACCUUGUUUCCUCUGAAAUAUACACAGGAAAAAAUAACAGAUUCCCAUUUUUGGAUAUUUUUGGAUAUUUAAAGAGUACCCACAAAAAUCCCAAAUUUGGUAGAGUGAGACAAGUCCCAAUCUGGGAACUUGGUUGGGAAUUCCCUGGUUGGGACUUGUCUCACUUUGCCAAAUUUGGGAUUUUUAUGGGUAUUCUUUAAAUACCCAAAAAUAUUCAAAAAUGGGAAUCCGUUUUUUUUUUCCUGUGAUAUACCCUCUUGGAUGACAAUGUGUAAUUAAAGCUAAUAUACACACUAUGUUAGGCAGACUUGACUUCAGUGAAUCCUAAAACUUUUUUCCACAUACUUUCUGUGAAGUGAGCUAGGUGUCUGCUUAAUGUACACAUUACUGAACGUGGAUGAAUGCCUUGAAAUCACCCAUCCUUUUUCAUAUUUGUUUUCCAGACUCAUGCAUCUAACUUGGUCAUGAAGUUACAGCUUUUUAUUCAGGUUUGUUUAGAAAAACUACUGGUAUGAGCAGCACUUCACUUUGAUUACUCCCAAAUCCUUCAUAUUUAGAAUUUACAGUAAAUUAGGAGAAUUCAUCAAAACUUCAAGGUAUAUGCUGGUAUAUAUGCUGGUUGCAUCCAGAUUAAACAUUUGCAUCCAGAUUAAACAUUUCAAGCUAGCAAACUGGUGUUCAGGCUUUGAAAAAUUAACAAAAUAAUAACAACUGGUAAUCUUUAGGAUUAUAAGCAGGCCUAGGUCUUUCAAUAUUUUACAGAAAAUACAUUGGUCACUGAGAUUUUUGAACAAUAAUAUUGUUAAAGGAAGUGGCACUUUUAGGAGUUAAAAUUUCAAGCCAGUUUCCAGGGCUGCAGAACCCAGUCUGUCCUUAGAGGAACAUGCCUUCAUGCUUUUGCAUGUAGAUUAUCUAAAAGUUAUUAUCUCUUUCAUGAGGUUAAAUGUGAUUUAGGCAACAUUAACCUCAAAGCAAUGCUGGUCAGCAGUUUUCCCAACAAUGUUGGGGCUGGCCUGAUGCCUUUAGAAGGGACACCUCAUGACUUGUAUAUGCAGUUGCUUACUUGCAGUUCGUCACAAAGUGUCUUUGCUAUAGCUUUGUUGCGUGCUUGCCAUUUUUUGUGCUGUGUUUUUUUCCCAACCCUCCUGCCCUCAGUUCAGGGUCAAGUAUGUAUUGGUUAGUAAGUAUUCCACUGAACAGUCCAGUGUGACGGUGCCUGGUGGGGGCUGCUAGCAGGGUUGCCAUGGAUACCUCCUUCCUCGUGCUAGAGCAUUGCCCGGUUCCACCAACUUUGUAGGCAACAGUGCCCAAGCUCAUCUAUUGGUGAUGAGUUCAAUGGUGCCGUACAAGAAUAAAUAUUUAUCUAAUAUUCUUAAGAUACUAGUCACUCCUAGAUGAUUAAAAGUUGAAUAAAUUGUACCAUACAUUUUCAGCUGAUCUUUAUACUUCUGAAUUAGCCAUGAGAUUCUGUGGGAAAAAUUACAGGUUAAAAAAAAACUAACAUUUUGAAUGCACUUUAAUUUGGUCUUUGUCAAGUUUAAAAUGAUAAGAUAUAAGCUGAUAGUUGUCUCUGUUCUUUGAAUGAACUAUUUUGAAGUACCAGUAUUUCUCCGUUAUUUUAUUUAUAUAUACAUCAUCAACAUUGAUUUAUGUUUUAUAGGAAGUGAACAAUGCUUUGGAGGAAACUAGUAAUCAAACAGUGAAUAAUAUUCCAAGGUACAUUCCAAACAUUGCAUUAACAUUUUGUUGUGGUUGUAGCAAUGCAAUAUGCUGUUCCAAAAUUAUAUGUUAAUUUUGAUAGUAUAGUUAUCUGCAUGUAGAGGGUUAAAUUUCCAGGUGUGCAGAAGCUCAAAGGUCCAGUAAUUCGAACCCUAACCUUCAUCUUAACAUCUUCCAUAAUACCCUUACGUCUAUAUUAAUUCAAGCAAUUCAAAGAACAGACAGACUUUUAUUAUUAAAGUGACUCCGGUGAUGGAGAAACAAGUGUUUCAACACAGAUACAGCUACCUAGUUUUUUUUUUUGCUAGCCUGUCCACGCAGUUGUUACUUUCAUAUGCCACCCAAUGAUCCCUAAAGAGAAACUAGAGGGUCUGUGAACAGGCUACUUUUUUAUGUAAACCAAGGAAAUUAUUUCUGAAAUAAAUGUUCUGAACUGCAACAUUACAAAUUAUAUGAUGUUUACCUUAAAUAUUUUACAAAAAAAUUUCUUCAUAGAGUUUUGAGGGAGAUUGAGAAUAUACGCCAUGAUGCUUCUCUCUUAAAAGAACAAAUGACUUUAGUGAAAGAGGACAUCAGAGUGGUAAAAAUGAUGAUUUCUUUGCUUGUGAUAUUUUUAACAUUCAGUUAUUUAACCAUAAUUAAUUUUUAUUUUUCUUUGUGACAUAAAUUAAUGAUACCUGUUAUUAAUAAUAAUAACAUUUUGCAGGUUGAGGAAAAUACUGCGCAGUCAAUGAAGAUGUUAGUUGAAAUUGAUACAGUGAAAUCAAGAAUGCAGGAUGCUUCAAGAGCUUUACAGGUAUGUUGUACAUAUCAAUCAAUCAAAAUUCAAUCAAUUUUAUUUAAGCUCGUUAGGGUGAGGAGUGGUUGCCCAAUCUCCCGAGCCAGGGGCUCAUGUACUAAACGUUCGAGCAUUCCGGAUCGAAUUGGAAUUUAGAAAUGUUGGUGUUUGCGGCGUAAAACCCAAUUGUUGGGUUUGAAAUCGUACAGUUAAGGGUAUCUUUAUGGUUAAGGGAAGGGUUGUGUAUUUCUUUGUACCCCACCAAUGUAGAAACAGGGGUACAGAGUUGUAAAUUUGAGACUUUGUCAAACUACAAGACCCGGGUUUCAAAAUUCAAGACGGAGACUUAAAAAAAAGCCGAGACUCAGAGAUGGAAAAUUACCCAGAAACGAAACUUCGAGACCUAACACAAACGCUUCCGGAGAUUUCAAGAUCAGGCCCAAAUUUUCUGAGACUCUUGUUUUUCGAGGAACCAUUUUAUACCCCUUAGAAAUGAUGAGACAUUGAUAUCUCUAAUUUUUAGUGCAGAAGGAGGCUCUUUUUCUCUACUUCACCAGUGCCACCCCAUCCCCUAGUGCCAUCCUGGUAUACACCCUUAAAAUGAUACGCUUAUUGAAUAACUUAUGAACUAAAGUCUUCUUCAAAAUGUGUAAAUUUCAGGAAGCAGAUAACUGGACGGUUCUCUCUUCUGAUGUAGAUAAAGUGUUUGAAUCAGGAGACAUUAAAGCUGUAAGUUUAGAUGUAAAUCAUAAACUGUAAACUUGUGUAACUGUAGCCUUAAGUGUUCAUAUACAUCAUAAGCUGAUACUGAAGGGGCUGAACAAAAUGAACUUCUGCCUUACAGCUAACCCUCAUUUUACUAAACAGCAUUUACUGAGAAGAAUACUUACCUUGCUCACAUAAUAAUUAUUUGUUGGUCUUGAUCAUUUUAGAUAGCUGCAAAACUUGAAGGAAUGCACAGGAGUUUAGUAAGUAUGAAUAUUAUUAUUAACAUUAAUCAUAAAUCAAUUAAUUGAUUUUUUUUCUUUAAUUUAUUUCAUUUACAGUUGAAUCACAGACAUUCCUUGCCAUCUCCUUUGUUGUCUUCUGAGGAGAAAUUAGGAGUUGGUCAGUGUUUUAUAGAUAGAAUAAUGAACCAUAUGUUCUAUGAAUAGCUUACUAUUUUAUUGCAAUCCUCUUUUCUUUAGACAGUGUUACAAGAUGUCCCUGAUUAUGCACAAAGGCGCCGACUCCUCGAGGGACUGAAAAACAGGCUGGAGGCACUUUUGAGUCCUAAGAUUGUGGCUGCUUUCAAUAAUCACUCUUUAGGUAACAUUUUAAGAACUUAUGCAAAGCUCGGCAAUAAACUGCUUUCCACACUUUUUGUUCUUUUUACUCUACUUUUAAUCUUUAAUACCUAAAAAGUUAGGGACAAGCUUUCAAAUUUAAAGAAAACUGACGCAGUGUAUUUAAGGUCUUUUUCUUCUAAAUGUUACAAAAUGAUUUGUAAAAAUUGCAAAUGAAAACGACAAAUAGCCGAGAAUCUCAGAAUGUUGGGACAAUGAUGGAAUUCCACUGAAAUCUGAAAUUCUGACGAAUUCCUAACACUGACAUGCAGUAUUGGGCUGUUGGAUUCGACCGGCAAACGUAAAUGGACGGGAAAAGUCUGGUUAUGGUAUGGGUGAAAAUAAACUUUCACUUGAAUCAGCAACUGAAUAUGUAGAUUCAGGAAAUUCAAACAAUUCAAACCCCUAUAUUGGGAAUUUGGUGGAUUCUACCUGAAGUCCUGUUGUUUUAAUAUAACAUUAAGUUAUAGGACACUGAAUAAUCUAUGGUCUAAGUAUCUAUCUGUAUUUUGGUUUGGUUUGAACAAAAUAAUAUUAUUUUAAAUUAUUUGCACGUGGGACAUUUGAAAAUACUUCUGUUUCAAUGAAUAUCAUACGAGUGUCUCAUUCAUCUUAGAUGUUUUAAUUUACCAAUAAUAAUAUUACUACACUCAAUAUUUGCCUAAUACUUGCUUCAAUGUUUCCUGCCUCUUUCUUUGUUCCAUAGAUGACACCAAAGAAUAUGUUAAAAUAUUUACAAAUAUUGAAAGACUAGACCAACUUCAGAAUUAUUACAUCAGAUGUCAUAAGGCAAGUAUGACCAGUCGUUUCACAUUAUGUAAAACAAAAAUGUGAUUUGAAUGACUUGUCUGAGACUGACCUGAUUUAACAUCACUUUCAAGCAGCUCUCUGUGCAAAACUUCUAAAAUUAAAAAGUUACAGUAUUAGUUUCGGUAUUUUUAUGGACAUCAUUAAUCAAAGGAGCUGCAUCAAGUACUUUUAUAGCCAAAGUCAAAUUCAGCUGUUAGGAACUGGCCAACAAAUUUCGUGAAAUAAAAUCAGUUCAGAGAUCAAAAGAACAUUUUAAAAAUAGCUAAUUAAAAAGUAAGACAGAAGAAAAAUGAAAACAAAAAUGAGAUGAGUUUUAUGAGGUUUUUGCUAAUGUGAAGCUUCCAUUAAGUAAGAAAAUCAACAAUACUAAAAACCCAAUAGACUUAUACUGUGACACAGUGCCUUUAAGAAUCCUCUUCUGUCAACAAAAUAUACGCGAUAAUACACAAGGGCCCUGUUUAUUUGGCAAGGUUUAUAUGGUUAACUAUGCAUUCCCUAUAAGGAACUGAUAUAACACUUUUGUAGUUUUUCCAAUAAAAGUGCUGGAAAGGUUUUUAACAAUGUAGUAUUAUUAUCCUCUUGAGGAUUACAAUCACCUGGAUGAUCAAAUAUUCUGCCUCCUUAUAUUUAUUUAUUUUAUUUGAAUCCACAGGCAAAACUUCAAAAGACUUGGAGUGAAGUUCGCACUGAGGAUCCAAACAGAUCAAUGCUGGAGUGGUUAUCAACAUUCUAUGAUGUUAUACUCUCCACAUGGCACACAGAGGUACCAUCAAUGUGAACAAAUGACACUGGUUCUUGAAACACUGUUUAACAUUGCAUUCUGUUCAUUUGCUCCUUGUGGUAAAAGAAACACAGGGUUGUACAGCGACCAUCAAAAAUCAAUGCAUAGUUGUCAUGGAAGCCCCAGAUACUCACAGAAGAUUUUUUUUUAGUGUGAUAGUAGAUGCAUUGUAUUUAUUUCUCAACACUUUUGCACAAUGAAAACAAACACAUUGAUGUUAGCGAAAAAGUUUUUCACCUGCUCAUGCCAAGACAUUUCGAAUAAAAAAUUUUAAAGCUCACAGCAAAAUUGUAUACCAAAAACUAAUAUAUUUCAUUUGAAUCGCUUGAACUUCAUAAGCGUUGUGAAGAGCAUAAAGGAGGCCAUUGCUAUAAACCAAAAAAACCCUCUCUGAAUAGGGAUGAGGGACUGGACCUACCAGCAAUUUACAACCCUCUCUUUGGGUUAUAUAAUGUUCAGCUUUUCUGUUAUGCAACCUGUCACUUCACAAUGCUGAUGAAGUUUAAUCACGUUUGGACAAAAUACUUGUUUUUUGUCUCAAAUUUUGCUCUUGAGGUUUAGAAUUUUCUAUACUGAACACAGUGGUAAUACACAAUAAAGCAAAUGUAUGUUACUUAGUAAAGGUGCCAUUCUCACCACUCAGUAAAAUUUCUUCUGUCGUUACGUCAAUCAAAGUACACUGACAUGUAUGCAUGAGUGGAUGUAUGAGUGACAAAAUGUUUUGAUGUUGAAGUUUAAUGUAAUUUUGGGAAUAUUAUUUUUGUUUUCACAGGUGACAUGGUGUGGUCAAGUUUUCAGUGAUCCUGGCACCGUGCUCUGCACACUGAUCACUCAAACACUCACUCACCUAGAUCCAUCACUCUCUUCAUGUAUCACAGAGUUUGUUAAGAAUGAGUCCAACAUCAUAGAAAAGUUGAUUGAGCUGCGACAGGUGAGACGAGAUCAUUAGGUCAAAAUAAAUAACUGAAAUCCUGUAUUAUGUAUUAUGGUCUGAACCUGAAAAAAAAAAACAAACAGUAGGACGGUCCAUUUUUUUAUUCCCUCACCCUAAAGGCUGGCAGGGAUUUUAGAUUUGGGGUGUUCUUCAAAGUCUCCAACAACAUUUGGAACCUUAUGACAAAUUUUUCAAAAAUUGAAUGGUUCAGAUUCCAGAUAUCUUUGAUGGGGGGAGGGGGGGGAUGCUCUCCUAUGAGGUCAGCUGAAAUUUACAACCGAGGCAUUCAGCCAAAAAGCUUUGAAGACUCUGACUUUAUUGUUCUUUAUGAUAGAGCGGUUUUCACUUGACUGUCGUAAAACCAAAACCAAAGUAAAUACACUAGCCAACCAAAGGGCGCAGUAAAACCAAAACCAAAACCAAAACCAAUCCCUUUCGACAGUCAAGUGAAAACCUCUCUAAACAUACAUUGGAUUGAUUUGUCUUAAAAUUAAUUAUUUGCAAUUUUUCCCAGGUGACGCUGCGCUUUGCACAUGGUCUAGAAAAGGCAGUUUCACAACAGCAAGGUGGCUAUCAAUUUUUUCGAAACACUUUUGUAUUUCUCUGUAAAAUGAUGUUACCUUAACUCUUGAGAUUGUUUAUAUAGUGACUGCAAUUUAGUAUAAUCCACUAAAAAAACACGUAGGUGAACUUAAAUAAUCACUCCCCAGAUGGGUACCUGCAACACUGACAUUGUUCACGUAGAUUUAAAUGACUAAAAUCUAAUGCUGUGAUUUUCAUUCAGCUGUUUAAUAUAUACUGUUGUAUUAGGAUGUCAGUCAGUACCUUUUCAUUGCCAUAUUUUGCAAUUUCGCUCUUAUCGUUGUCUUGUAGAUAAAUGCAGUACACAAGCUGUCAAUGUGGUGGUUGAUGUAGUUUAUUCUCCCUAUGUUCCAUACCUGUUGGAUUAUCCAACACUUCAGCAGACCUUUCUCACAGAGCAGUUGCAGGCAACUCGGUUGGUAGGUAUCACCCAAAUCAUUUACAACAUUACAUGACAACUUAUCAUCAGGUCACACAGAGGUUCUGUGCACCUUCAUAGCGCCAUCUGCAAUUCUGUAACGUGGGACUUUCUUGGACGGUGAUGAUUGGCAGUGGUGACGUUGAUAAUAUUGACAGUGACAAUGGUGAGGUAAUGAUGUGACGGUGAUGAGGAGCACGAUGAUGAUGGCGAUUUAUUUAGGAAUCAAUGAAUUCUCCAUUUGUUUCUCAACUUGUCUCACCAAAACUUCUUUUCAUAGGAGUAGCCCUGUGACUAGAGGUUGUCCAAUUUUUUCUGCCCAAACCCAGUAUUUUCAGUACUAGUAACUAUUAACAGUUGACUAACUAUCCCAAGAGUGAGCACUCUAAAUAGUGAUGAUGAUGACGAUGACGAUGUUGAUGACGGUGGUGAUAAUGAUGAUGAUGAUGAUGAUGAGGGGAUACCGGUAAUCAUAGUUCAACUGCUGAUUCUGUCUAAUUUUCCAUGUCAUCAUACAGCAUGCAGAUGGAUUCAUGGAGACUGCAGGGCUCAUGGCAGAAUCUGUAGAGAAAAUUUUUCUUCUUUCUGAACAGGUAAUUUUAUUUCAUCUCUUCUAUCAUUACUGAAAACUUAAGCAGCUCUCUUCCUUUAGCAUAGGCUCAAAACUGUCCUGCCCACCACCCCAACAAAAACAAAAUGUCAUUUGAUUUCCCACAUCCUAAACAUAUUUUCCAUCAAAAACUGUGGCAUUCGCAGUGUGAUGUAAUUUGUAUUUGUUACUAUUAAUUGGUUUGUUUUCAUCUUUUUAUCUGUUCUACUGUUAAACGCUUGUUUCUUACAUUUAAUUCGCAGAUCUGGCCAUUUUUGAGUUCUUUUUUUCCGCUCUUGUGUUUUUUUAGCUCUUCUUAAAAUCAGAUGUAUUUCUUGUGACAUACAAUGGGCUUAUUCGUUCUCCAGAGCAUUAUGAACAAACGACUCACUUGCUACUAAAAGCAGAGGCUAGCGGACAAGAGAAACUUAGCUUGAACAGCCCAUAACGUCUAUAUUUGCACCCAGGCAGCAGUUAGUCGGGGACUGAGAUUGGACCCACCACUGGAAACAAAUUAAGAGCAAAAUCUUAUUUAAGUCACUAGGGAAACGAAUUCCUUACUUGAAUCUUUUCAGUUGCUAGUCAGUUGAUUAGUAUAAAUAUUUUAAUCUUGCAGGCCGUUGAGUAUUGUGUUGAUCUCACCGAUGGUUAUGCAACUCGUGGGCUUUGCCAUGUUCUGGAGGUGAAUAUUAAGUAGUUGUUACCAUUUCAAACAACACUGUUCUAUUGAAAAUGUCGUUUGUUAUAACUGAGGUUGUUCCAUGAGAGGUAACUAGGCUGUGCUAUCAGAAAAAUUGAAGAUAGCUCAGACCCUUGAACCUGUGAUUUAUAAAAUGAAUUUACGAAACUACUUCACGGAUUGCUUUCCGAUAUCUUAAAAAGAGAAAGUGACUAUAUUGAGACGCCAUUGGUAAUUUAAAAAUUUGGAUUUAAUUCUGUAUAAAUUUAUAUGCUUUCUACUCUCCUUCAAUUCCUUUUUCGUUAUUCCUUAGAUGCAAUGGUUAUUAAAAUAAAAUUAUGGUAGAAAUAAGAAUCAUUGUAACUAAAAAUAUUUAAUUUUCCUUCCUUUCUUUUCAUUUUAUUUUUUCUUUUAAUUGGGCCGCGUAGAUUAGCAAUUGCGGGCCAGUCUAUUGUUAUACCAUUUUUAAUAAGAAAGUUGAAGUUGGUUUUGAAGUUGAUGAAGAAAGUAAGAUUUUCUAGUCACCCAGGAGCAAAAGUUAGGCGCCUUGGGCCACCGAGUUCUGCUAGAGCACAGCCUUGGGUAAUUAAGCCAUCGUAGCGGUGCCAACUGCGUUUCGUAAAGAAAACAAAAAUAAUUUAUUACUCUUGCCAGUCAAAGAAUACGAAAAUGAUACAAUUAACCAAUCAGACAUUGAAGCAAAUAAAUGCUGUUUGUGGAAAGAACAUGAACAACAAAUGAACAACUCGCAACUGAUAAAUUUCGUGUUGUUUGUUAAGCUGAUCAGUCAGGAAAGGAAUGUAAAACAAACAUCAUUCAAGGAAAAUGAAAAAAUGGGGUGACAAAGUGGAUGAGUGCCUUCAGUGGUGAUGUCAAAUCUGGGUAGCUCGUGAAUACAGCCACCUCUCAUUACCGUGCAUGCCUACUUGUGACUGUAUUCGCAGGCUAAACAGUCAAUAAUCAUUUAAUCAUAAUCCAAUUACAAAUUUUUCCUGAUUUAAUUGUGUUCUUUAUGCAGGAGUUCUUUAGAGCAUAUGCAGGACGGAUGGAUGAAUGUAUUUCAAUUUUAAGAAAAGAAUGUGCUCUUGAUCUUGAUUCUAAGACAGACACUCAAUCCACUGAAGGACUCAGCGAGGACUGGACAAUGUUUCAGAAUGCAUUCCGUCUCAUCCAGAUAUGUGGUAAAUAACUCGUCUGCCAUUAGUUUUACAAUGUAUAUGGAAUUGGUUGCAUGCUAUAUACUAGCCUCCCACGCAGGCGUUUGUAGGAGAGCUCGUUUUUAUAUACCUGUAUAAAGCUAUUUUUGGCUGGAAAAGGAUAACGUAGAUUUUCUGGUGUCUUUUCCCAAGUCAACUUCUGGUAGGCAAGUACCUAUCAUUUGUAUGAGGCCCACUUUUUUCAAUGAAAUCUUCCACGUAGAGCUACCUCCUGGCCUGAUCACCAGAUUACCUCUCGAAUCACAGGCCACCUAAGCUUGCUAUGAGAGUUUAAUCACUAAUACGUACAUUUUGCUUGCUGUGUGGUUAUUUUCCCGCUCCAUUGCGACUUAAGCGAUUUCCUUUAACCCAGAGUAAACAAAAACAAGCAAAGUAAAUAAGGUAAGGUGUAUUGUAUUGAAAAUUUUAGCGAGUACGAGAGUUUAAAAACUCUCAUACUGAGCUUGGGCUGCCUGUGCUCGAACAGAGGUCGAUAUACUGUGAACUGUGAGUUAUAACCCCUACCCCACCCAGUUCUCCAAUAAUAAUUAUCUCCCUUUCUUCUGCGUUUCGUUUGCAAUCAAAUACUUCAUUUUAUCGGUAUAAUACAUUCAACGGUAACUUCUUGAACAUAUCACUUAUUACUAAUGGCUCUUAAAAUGCCAGAAGAGGUCAUUGGCAAACAGAAGUUUGCACUAUAUUUCUAACCCCAAGACUCCCAUAUCGAAGUUGUAUAUAUAAGCCUGCGCAAUUUGUGGUAUCCUCCUCUUUUACUUAAAUUCUGCUUUUAAUCUGAUAAAUUCAAUGUUUUACCUUUUUAAUUUUUGUUAGGUGACUUGCUACUCAAAAUGGAGAAUCUAGACAAGCGAUUACUGGCUGCGAUCCUUUAUUCGAAUGGGGAUAACAAAGAACAUGACACAAUAAAUGAAGAUAAACCAUCCACUCCCUCCAGACCAUUUCCUUGGUACAAUUAUCUGCAAAAUGAAAGACCUACAGAAUCAAGUGCAUUAAAUGAACUGAAGCAGAAACUGCAAACAGGUAAUCUAUAAUCAUGGCAAGUAGACACCGUGAAAAAUCAGGCUGGCAAAGGCCAAGGAAUAGGUCACUGACAACAUUGAAUACGCGAUCUUUAAACGUCUUGCACAGUUGUUUCAGCCUGUUGAAUUUUACUUAUGAAGUAAAUCGAGGAGUUGUAUUCAUAGGGUUGCUGUGAAGCCCAAUAAGAGACGAUUUUAAUCGCAGUGUUCGUAUUUUUCAAAAUAUCGUUUAUCUUUCAAUUGGACGUCGAUAUUUUGCAUUAACUUAUCGAAAAGAAGUGUACGCACGUGCAACGCUGUUUGUUUUGUCCAAUUCAGAGGGGACCCGAAGGGUUUUACUCUUAGGGAACGAGGGAUAUCCUGAAGUAUGUCCCGAAUUGACUUUUAGGAAAAAUAUGUAAGGAAAUGUUUACUCUUUGUUGUGGGGGACGGGGGUGGGGGCUAGAAGAAACUUCAAUUUAUUUUAGGAAACUGCAUACCAAGGAACAUGAUCCCUUCCCUUUUCUCCCCGGAAGGCCCUUUUUUUUCUUGCUACCUUCCGGCGUAAUUGCUCUAAGGCUGGUUUCAAUGUGAUUGCUAAGAUCACUGUGAUCGUAGCAAUCACAUAGGAAGGAUCUAGGCCUGAAAGCUCCUGAAGUCCCAUAUACGAGGCUUCCCUCCAGUUCCCAAAUAUGCCAGUCAGAGUGUUUAAAUCCCAAAGUAUGCCUCUUCGCUUAUUAAAAUACUGUUUUAUUUCACCAUCGGGGGGCAGCUGUUAGCUCGCUAGCUUACAUGAGUUUUUCGUUCUUAGCUGGUGAAUCUGCAGUUGUCUUGACAAGUGUCUUUGAGCAGCUCCAAGCUUUGAACGAGCGAGUUCAUACAUUUGCUUUUGACAUCGUAUUCAUACAGAUCAGACAGCAGCUUGCCCGAACACCUAAACUUCAGGUACAGUUUUGUUUCUUUUGAAAUCGACCUUCUAGUUCUUAUGAUUGGGUUAAGUUACUCAAAGAUAUUGGCGGCAUUUGAAACGUUCUGCAGUCUUCCAUCAACUUUUGCUCGGGUAUAGUCCACUAGUUAUACUGUUUGGAGGAUUAGCUCAGUCGGUAGAGGGCUGGGUUGCAGAGUGGGAGAUCGCGGGUACGAUUGUCGUGGCCGAAACAAUACUCAGAUUCUUAAAAAUACUGAGAAAGAAGGUAAUUCCGUUGCCUUGCCAACGGCUAGACCAUAACGUGGCUCGGAUGAUCACGUAGAAAUGGCGGUCGCGUCUCCAGCAGCAGAUGUGAAAAGAAGUGUCCUCAUGUGUACUUAGUGCUCAAACACACCUGACGGUGGACUUUCUUGAGACCCAAACUUACCAUACAGAUAGUACAUUUAAGCCAAAGCUGUUUACGGCGUUUUUUGCGCUUAAUUGACGCUUGUCAGAGGUAUGUGUCUGUAUCUGUGGGUCAAAGUAAUAAUAUUAGUUUUCAGUUUGUUUGACGAUUAACUAAAACCUGCUCUUCUCUGAUGUGACGUAUAUUUUGCUUUGUCAUUUAGGUUUGGUCGGCCCAGUGCCCUGAAUCUGGUGCGGCAUUGAGCGAUGAUCUCCCAACAUUUAGCUUGUCACCACUGGGGUAUAUUACACAUGUAAGUGGCUCUUGCUUCGAUGUUCUAAUCCUUAGGGGGGGAAGGCCGGGUGGGGGUACUCAGUAAAGUUUUGCACGGGGAUGUUGCAUUUUGCAGGGUCUUGAAGCGAGUCGCGAUAGAAUGCGAAUCCACAAUGUGUUCCUUUUCCAGAAUAGGGUCAAUCGAAGGUACCCUAAUGUAGACCAACUGUUCCCUACCCUUUUCUGUACCUCAGCUUUUGAAAUUGUCCUUGUCACGGUUUUGAAAGCCAUCUUAACGAGUAGGCAACCACGUGAGAAAUUACAGUGUUUGUAUGAGAAUCUAAUGUCCAAAAAUUUCCGUAAAACGGCUGUUCUGAAAAAAUAUGAAUUGUAAACUAAAGCUACACAGCAAAGGAUUUUACCAACAAAUUUUGGGGGCCGUUACCGUGCUUAAAUUUCUCUAGACGCUUCCUUUAGAUUUUCCGUAUAUUUGUCUGCAAUUUUCCCCGGGAAAUUUUAGUUGGCAGGAAGAGAAAUUUUUAGAUCAAAUGUAUGGAAAAUUUUGAAAAGUGGUUCUAGCGCAUGUAACUGCAUGUAACAACCUCAGUUUUUUUCAGUAGAAUCGUCAGGAGUGAAGCUUUAGUUUACAAUUCAUAUUUUUUUCAGAAUAGGGUCAAUCGAAAUUACACGUUAACGUAGACAAACACUAUUUCUCACGCCCUUUUCUGUCAAGAUGGCUUUUGAAACCCCUGCCCUUUAAUGUACCACUAGCCUAAAAACUGAACCCUUUUUUUGCGGCACAUCCCCGUAUAAUCCGUCAUAGCGAUUACCCCAUGGGUCCUGUUAGAUGUCAAAGAACAAACGAUGAAACUACAGACUCUCUAGUCCACUGAUGGAACGUAGUGUGCUACCUUUCAGCUCAUAAUUGAACUUUGAUACUGUCAAGUUUCACUCUGAAAUUGUGUCGAAGUAUUAACAUUGUAUAAAAAGCUCUAAGCCUGACCAUUUUCUUGUGGUUGUUCGUAUGUUGCACAAGCUGGUUCUAACUUUUGAGUCUGUGGAUCAACUGGAUCAACCCUAUUGUGUAACCAUUUAAUUGAAAGCUACUGGGCACUGUCUUCCUUUGGGAGUGUUUAUUGUGCUGCGCAAGGUGGUUGUAACGUUUGGGUCUGUGGAUGAAAUCCUUCAGUGUUACCCUUCAAGUGAGAGCUACUGAGCAUUACUCUUCUGUGUUAUCUGCCGUUUAUUACAAUGUAAAAAGGUGUCUCUAGUAGCUUAAAAACGGGACCAUUCAGUUAAAAGCUACUGAACACUACUUUGCUGUGGUGCUGUGUAUUGUGCUGCAUGAGGUAGUUAUAACUUUAAAGUUUGGAUUGAAAUAAAAACACAACUGUCGACUUUCAAAUGAAAGAUCUUGGACAGUUCUUACUUUCAGAGCAGUUCGCUUCUCGAUAUGAUGCAAGAUAAUAAAAUGGUGUUUUUUCUCGUUCAGCAAAGGUAGUAGAUGACAAGCGUCAGAUUUUCUUUGUCUGAUUUGUGUUUAUUUUUAACUCUUUGUUGUUUUAUCAUUGUCAGAUUGGUGAUUACCUGUUGACGCUUCCUCAACAACUGGAACCGUUCAUAACACAAGAGAAUCCUGCGCUGGAAGUGGCUAUGAAAGCUGGCAAUCUGCCUUUCCCAGAUCUAGAAGGUUAGUACGAUUUACUGCAUGUUACAGGUCUCUACAUGGUGCAUACGCUGUUUACAGGUAGCCAUUAUGAUCAUGAGGUUAUCCCUAUCUUAAGAUCUCUCCUUACCGAUAACCCACCCAGCCCAAGAAAGGUUGGCCCCACCACCGGGGUCUACGUCCCCUACUCUUUUCGAACAGUGGUUUGGGUCCUUUUACGUCCCACAAGAACCAGAUAAGUAAAAGUGCUAUGAGACGAAACCUAUGAUUUUUCGUCCUCAUCGCCGAGAAGACUAGAACGUCUAACCGUUUGCAGGUGUCAUUACAAAGGCAGCACUUUUUUCUCAGUUGUUUAAAAAUCCUGAGUGUUGGUCCCGCCGGGGUUUGAACUCGCGACCUCCCGCUCAGCAGACCGGCGCUCUCCCAACCGACUGAGCUAAUCAAACGGCGGUUAUUUCGGAACUGAAAUAAAGUCCGAGAUGUGACCUGUUUCUUCGGUUCGUCGGGCUCUUUUGGGCAACAUUUUUAGUGGAUCAAAGAUCCAUAGAAUGCAGCUUUGUAAGUUUUAUUCCUUAAUUCAAGGGAAACAAGUGACUUGUGUUUAAUUUUUUUACAGAUGAAAGUGAACACCACCCCGGAUCGUACUGGCUUGGUUCUAUCGCCCGUGGUACCAUGCACGCUUACACGGAAAGUAUUCUUCGGAUUCACGAACUAACGCCUUAUUCAACCCAACAGCUCUUGGCUGAUAUAGGUGUGUGAACAUCUACUAUACGAGCUUAUACAAUGUUAAUACACUUGAAAACUGUUUUGCAAUCCGCCUAGCAACUACCGUCUCAUGUAAGCUACAUUAUAGUAAGUAGAUGCGAAUCUGACCUUAAAAGCGUUGGAAUACUUCUCAAAGUACCGUGACGCCUGCCCUCUGACAGUAAAAAAGGUGGGAAAAUUGUCGCAUAUUCCACUCAGUCAGUUUUCUCCCAACUGGCUAUAGCCUUCGUUAUAAAGCCUUAAUGUCAUCUCAAAAUCAAAUUUAGUUUAUAGAAUAACGGCUUGGUACAAAUGCCUAGGUUGUCAUUGGAAGUUGCAUCGCAUUUCUUGAAAGCAAGUCCGUUUAAUUACGUUUGAACACGUGGAAAUUGAUGCGCAAGAAAAACGUUAAUAAACCGCAAGCAGUCUCUCUCUUCCUUCAGAUUUAGAGAGGGGAAAGUGCACGCGCACGCGAGACGCGACAAAUGAUGGCAGCAGCGGUUCUGCUGUCUCGCGCGUUCAGUCACGCACUUGUCCAUUUUCGUGUCUCACGCCCGCGUUUCGCUCCACGAACUGAGAAAAAAGAGAGACUGAUCAUCGUAGUCAAUAUUGUUUUUGUGUCAAUAGCCAUCAUGGCAGAGGUGUAAAUUUCAAUUUUAGCGCACCCGUUUGGACAUGACCUAAAAACAGUAAAAUAAUAGAUUGAGCUGAUAUUUUAUUUUCGUUUCCUAGAUUACUUCUGCAAUGUGUUGGAAGCUCUUGAGGUGACUCCAAGUCAAACCUUGAUGCAUAUAAACGCCUUACUUAAAGCAUCUCCCGAUAAGUAAGUUAACCUCUCUUCCAGGUUAUUACAUGUAGUUGAUUCUUGAUAGGUUUUGUUUAUCGUUUGUCAUGAUAGUCACUCUUUAUCGCGACUAUAAUAUUAGACCAUUUAUUGCUGCUCUUUGCCUGAAGAAAACAAGCAGUGAGCGAUCAAUAUUAAACGGAAUAGUUUAACAACGAAAAGCAGUUCGACGUUUGAGAUUCUUUUCUUACACAUUUUUUGCUUUUAGGUUCCACGAGGUUGCUACCGAUCUCAGCGUGGAGGAUCGCAUUAUGAUGGCCAUCGCUGGAAUCAGAAGCAUUCGCUGACAUACGCACUGAUAAAUGAAUACAAGAGCCAUGGCGCUUGAUGAAUAUGAUAGACGGUCGUUUUCUUAAGUGCAGAAUUUCAUUCUCCCCUUAGAAAGACUCUAGAGAAUAAUUUAUUAAGGCAGUAAGGUGCUUGUUGAUAAUGGUGUGGCUUGGUCGUCCAAGCUUAGGUCCUUCGAUUAAAGAAAGGUAAAUUUUCUACGAUGAAACUGUUGUAGUCUGUGAACAAAGUGUAUAGGAAAUAAAAGAGAAAAACUAGUAUUCUCUAUAGUGAGG